AUGGCUGCAUCGUAUCUUCCUCUGCCUGCAUCCUGUGAUAUGUAUUGUUUUUCACAGGAUCAAGCUUCCAAUGACCAGUUUGGUUUUAAUAUGUGUUGGGCCAGACUUCAUAGUCUUGGAUAUGGCAUUUCUAUAUCCGAAGACAGUGCCUGUGACUCGGAUGUAUCUGAAUUACUGGUGAAGCCAGUGCAGUUAGUAAGAGGAGAUGAGUUGUUAGACCAUGAAUUUGUCAAUAUUUUGCAUGCACUGCAGGUCAUCCAUUUCUAUUGUUGGCAAGGAUCUGCCUUAAAGACCAAGGCAUUGAAUGUGCACAGGAACGUGCUAAAACUUUCAGAUAAGGACAAGGAGAAGAUCAACUGUCUGAAGUCUGUACUUUUGAAUGAUGAACAUUUGGUAUUGAAGGUUUUUGGGAGUAUGCCUUUGGAAGAAAAUGGAGGCAUUUGCUUUGACUGGACAGGAAUUGUGGCUGCAAUUGCUGCUUGGGAAGAUUAUGUGACGAAGUUAAGUAAACAAAUUCAUUUAGAGUUGCCUUAUUGGAGAAUGCAUGAAUCUAUAUAUACGGUGCAACUUGAUGAGUAG